AUGGUAGUACUACCCGACAUUAUCCAAACCUUUGGACCGUCUAUUCUCUCUUCCCAAGCCAUCAAGAUGAACACCGUGAUCGACAUCGCCGCCAUCGUCGCCGGAAUCGUCGAGAAGGCCCGACGACAGGAACAAUGGAUGGCACGUCUUCAGAAUCUGAAGACGUGUGGAGACCAGGUUCAGGCCGAAUUCGACAGACUGACCUUCUAUGUGAGUUUUUAACGGAAUUUUCAGCAAGAAAUCUUUUUUCAGUUCGAUUUGACGCACAAGAUGAGAGGGAUCAAUAAUUUCACGAGCACCGAUGCCCGGUGGAUGAUUGUGGGUUUUUUUCUUGUUUCUAAACUUUUUUCGAAAAUAUUCAAGUACUGCCUAGCCUUCGACCCAUCUAGUGAGACUUCCAAUACCUUUUUAGCUCCUAGAAACCUUUUGAAUACCUUUGGACAGCGAUUUCUUUCCUAAAAGUCUUCUAGGAUCCUCCAGAACUUUCUGAAAGAAUUUUCAGUUCUAUAAAAGAUACAAGGUCAUUUUUGAAACUUUCAAGAAGCUUAAAAAGACGUCAGAAAGCUUCCAACCCACUUGAACUCCUUGAAAACGUCGGAAUCUUUUCCAGAAUCUCGCUCAGAAGAUCCUCACAACGCUGGACGACGACCUGGUGAUUCUGGAGAAGGAAAUCGCAGACCUGACCCUUCUCCACCGAAGAACCGGCCAGAAGAUCGUCAAAGAGGUCCUGAAAAAGGCGCAUAACAUCCGUUAUGAAUGCCUUCGCCUCUGUGAAGCUUUAGGCCGUUUUCAGCACAACUGCGUGAGUUUUUAUUUUCAUUUUUACUUGCAAUGAAAGGAAUAUUGGAUUGGACCAGAUUCUUUAUUUUUCCUUUGAACCAUCUAAUUUUAAAUCACAUAUUUUAUAGAAGUUCGACAUGUUUUACGCUAUAAUGGUCAAGGAGCUCAAAUACAACGUUGGCUGUCUCCAAUACGCUGUGGAUCAAGUCCCUGACUUGGAGAAAAUCCGUCGUGAAAUCAGGUUUUGACUUAUUUAUGUACUAUUUGAUUAUUCUGAUUAUUAUAAUACUUGUCCUCAAUAAUUUUGGAAAGGGUUCAAGUUAUUUAUAUAUUAUUUCUUCUUCCUCCUGAUUUGUUCUUUUAUUUUAUUCAUCUUAAAUAACUUCAUUCAACUCUCUUACCUUCCCUUCAAGUUAUUGGACUAUUUCUCCAUUCCCAAUGAACAGGUAUUUUGAUUAUUUGACGGUUUCCAUUUUAUUCUUGGUAAGAUUUUCUCCUAUUUUGUCGUAUUAUUAUUAUUAUUUCCAAUUAUGUUGUUGAGCUUAAUAAAUAAUUUAUAUCAUUAAAAUGCUUUGAAAUCAUCAAACGAAAAAAAGUCAAAAUUUAAAAAAGUUCUGAAAAAUUCGGACAUGAGAACUCGAUCAUUUUAGACAGUAGGAAAAUCGUCAAGGUUCAGUUGAAAGAACGUGGGUUUCGGAGAAAUUAGGAUCUCAGGUAAAUAAAAAACAUUUUUCGAUUGGUACCGAAUCCUCUAAUUUAGGACAUCUAGAACUUUAGUUUUCAUUUUUUUUAAAUGUUAACAAAACUUUAAAAAUGAAAAAAAAGUAGUCUGGAGGUCUCAAAAUGGACAUAUUUUGGGGUUCUGUAGGUUUUUAAGGUCUGUACUAAUAGUCUCCAUAGCUUAAGUGGUCCCUAUAGGGGUCUUUAAGUUUCAUUUAAAAAAACGCUUGCGUGGAAAUGCUUUGUUACAGUAGGAAUACUAUCUCUCUCCGUUUUAUUGUAUUCAUGUGUGAGCGAUGCUCUCGGCGUGUAAUUGCUCCGGCAGACACGCCUGUAUCUCACUUGGUUCCCCUGCACGCGUCUUGGCCACACGCGUGUGAGGCUCACGAAUAAAGACUUCAUGACAGUCUGCCUUCAACACGUCUAAAGCUUACACGGAAGAGCCGGUGACCCUUCCGGUGUAACAGCUUCUCCACAGAGAGUACACAAAAUUCUCAAUUAGAAUGCCCCUAUGAGGGCCACUAACUAAAACCCCUAUAGGGACCAUACUGGAGCUUCUAAGGCUCAAAGGCAGUGCUGCCGAGAAGAGCACUUCCCAGUGGGCGGUAGGAUGAUCGCGGGUGGUAUUUUUCGUGUCAGGCUAGAUUUUGGUUGGAUGGGAGAUAGCAGGGAUCACGGACGCUUUUCUGAGGUUUCCUAAGAAAGUUCAGUUAUAGUCUGUGUACCGUGACUUGGAUUUUUACCGAACGACAUUCCGCUGUUCCGCCGGCGCCUUUGCGAAUCCCGGUCGCGCUUUCCGUUUCUUCCUUCAUUCAAAUACUCGCAGUGGAACAAUCCAUCUAUCAGCAAUAAAAAUAGUCUGGAAGGGUGACCUAGAUCCGCAAAGGCGAAGACGCUUCGCGACCGUACGCAGCGGAACGUCGUUCGGUGAAAUUUCAAGUCGUGGCACACAGACUAUACUAGGGAAAUCUUUAUAUCGAGCAUUUUGGUAUAGUCGAUGUGCCACGAGUUGAAAUUUCAUGGAACGACACUCCGUUGUUCUAGUGGUUUUAGUGCGCGCUGUCGCGAAAGGCCUUGCCUUUGCGAAUUUCGGUCGCGCUUUUCAUUUUUUUUCUUUUACUCUGAACCCAGUCGCCAGCUUUCCGCCAAUCUUUCGCCAGCGCGCGCCCCGUCUUUCGCGAGCUGCUGGCGAAAAAAAAAUAUCCAUAGCGCACAGAUUCCCCCUUUCUUCAAUCAUUUUCCUUCUUCCAAUAUUGUUAUUUUUUUAUGUACUAAAAAGAUAUUUUAUCAAUCGUAAAAAAACUUGAUAUCCGACUAGAAAAAAAUUGCGCGCUUUGGGCCGGGCGGACCAUUUUUUCUUGAGGCCCCGCUAAGGCCGGGCCGGGCUUACGAAAUGGACGGGGGGCCGGGAGGGUGACGGGCCGGCCCUCGCACAAGCCUGAUCAGAAACCAUGA